UUUCAAAAGAAAAAAAUUCCACAAAACUUUUUAAAUUCACAAAAUAUCGCAAAGGAAAACAAAUCAUCAUAACUGUUAAAAGCCGAAAAGGAACGGGCAUUUUUUUAAGAAAACCAGGCCUGAAGAAGCGUGAAUCGUCAGAUGCACGCUUCUCUGCUGGCGUCCGGUCGGCGGCUGAUGUUUUCGGCUGCAGGUUUUUCGGGUUGAUCUGAACAUGCUGUCAGCUGUGUGUGUUUGUGUGUGUUUUCAGGGGUUUACGGGGACGUUCAGCGAGUGAAAAUCCUCUUCAAUAAAAAGGAAAACGCUCUCGUUCAGAUGAGCGACGCCACUCAGGCUCAGCUGGCCAUGAGUCACCUGAACGGGCAGCGUCUCCAUGGUAACGUGAUUCGGGUGAUGCUGUCCAAACACCCGGUAGUGCAGCUCCCGCGUGGGGGGGCGGGGCAAGAGGAGCAGGCACUGACUCGGGACUUCUCGGGCUCCGCCCUCCACCGCUUCAAGAAACCCGGAUCCAAAAAUUUCAACAACAUCUUCCCUCCGUCGGCAACACUGCACCUCUCCAACAUCCCCUCUUCGGUCAGUGAGGACGUGUUGAAGGAUCUUUUCUGCUCCAGUGGAUUCACCGUCAGAGCCUUCAAGUUCUUCCA